AAAAUGCAAAUAGAAUAGGGUAAUAUUGAAUAUAAUUCAUUUUAAAGUUUUAAGAAUUGAGAAUCGAACGAUUAUGCUCAUAUUAACAUCUAUAAUAGAAAUAUUACAUAGAUUGAUGAGGAUAAUAUAGAGAUUUAAGCAACAAGAAAACAAAGAAAUUAUGAAGAUAUACUUUUUGAUGAGGUAGUUCUAUGUAAAAAUAGUUGAAAAAAGUAAAAUUAGCAAUAAGUAAAUAUGACAAGAAAGAAAAAUGACUAAUUGAAGAAUGUUUUUAAUGAAAAAAAUUCAUAUUGAUCUUAAUUGAGAUGAGGAUACUUAUAUUUAAAUAGAUG